AAAAAAAAACAAUAUUAACCAAUUAUUCUCUCCUUUUAAGUUGAGAAAAUAGAAAGAGAGAUCUUUGGGUUCACCCUGCGGCAACUUAAAUAGUCAAAGAGACUGUGGACAAGCGAGUCUCCGGGUCCCGGCGGCAGUUUCCGUUUACAUAAAAUCCCACGUGGCGCCCAUCUUCUCGCUCCUCGCCGCCCCCUCUAUUUUUCAGCCCUCUCUCUCUCUCUCUCUCUCUCUCUCUCUCUCUCUGCCCAAGAUAGACCCUCUCAGUCUUCCCGAAGUUUCACUUCAGACACGAUUUCUUCACAGCGCGGUUUUCCGAUUCCCGGAACCGCCCAAAACCGCGAGGUUUCGCGGCGGUGUCUGAGUUCACUUGCAGUGACCAGUGAGAAUUCAGAGUCGGAAGAAGGCGUCCAUUCGCUCGUUCGUUCUCACAGAGCAUCGGAGAGUAGAUACUGGUACUGCUUCUUCCAUCUUUCUAUCUCAAUUGGGAUUCCGGCCUAGGGUUUCCGUUUCAAUUCAGAGCAAAAGCUCAGUGGCUGUUUCGGACUGUCGGUUUCGUUUCGGUUCCGACCUAGGGUUAUUCAAAAUUUCGGCUUGAAAAUUGAUCGAAAGCGAGUGGGUUCGGAUUGUGGUAGGAGGUGAAGAGUCGGUGAUUCUGAUGAUUUUGGGAAUUGAAGGGGUGAAUUCUCGAUGGAUAUAGACGCAGUAGCAGGGGAUGUUGGUUCUUUGGAUCCUGAGCUCUUACAGCUGCCGGAAUUGUCUCCGUUCGUUCUUAAAACCAGUCCCCAGAUUGCUGAGGAUUUGUUCGCACAGUGGCUUUCGCUUCCGCAAACCGGCCGUUUGGUGAAGUCUCUAGUAGAUGAUGCAAUAGCAGGAAUUCCUAUCAAUGCCCCUGGGAACUCUUCAAGUGCAAAUACUGCUGGGAGCAAUGCGUUACCUUCCAUGUUUCCGGCUGGAAGUACACCUCCACUUUCGCCGAGAAGUUCCUCUGGUUCUCCGCGCUUUUCAAAGCUGAAGACUAGUCCUUCUUCUCUUCGCUCUCCGCUAAAAUUGGUUAGUGAACCAGUGCGAGAAUCUAUUCCUCAGUUCUAUUUUCAAAACGGUCCACCACCACAAGAACUUAAGGAGCAAUGUCUUUCUAGAAUUGAUGACCUCUUCAUUGGUCAGAUGGAUGGAUUGCAACUGCACGAGUUUAAGUUGGUUACAAAGGAGUUAUGCAAGCUGCCAACAUUUUUCUCUUCUGCCCUCUUUAGAAAGAUUGAUACUAGCUGCAGCGGGAUAGUGACGAGGGAUGCAUUCAUCAAAUAUUGGGUCGAUGGAAAUAUGCUGACAAUGGAUACAACAACUCAAAUAUUUAAAAUUCUAAAGCAAUCUGAUCGUAAUUACCUUACUCAGCUAGACUUCAAACCCAUUCUUCUAGAGCUUGUGGCAACCCAUCCAGGGUUGGAAUUUUUACAUGGAACUCCUGAAUUUCAAGAAAGAUAUGCUGAAACUGUAAUGUACAGAAUAUUUUACUACAUAAACAGAUCAGGAAAUGGUCGCCUUACUCUCAGGGAGCUAAAACGAGGAAAUUUAAUUGCUGCCAUGCAACAUGCAGAUGAGGAAGAUGACAUUAACAAAGUUCUAAGGUACUUCUCUUAUGAACAUUUUUAUGUCAUAUAUUGCAAGUUUUGGGAGCUGGACACAGAUCACGAUUUCUUGAUCGACAAAGAGAAUCUUGUUAGAUAUGGUAAUCAUGCUCUUACCUUCAGGAUUGUUGAUAGAAUAUUUUCACAGAUUCCGAGAAAGUUUACUAGCAAGGUUGAAGGGAAGAUGGGUUACGAAGAUUUUGUUUACUUCAUGUUGUCAGAGGAGGAUAAGUCGUGUGAGCCCAGCCUUGAGUAUUGGUUCAGAUGUAUAGAUUUGGAUGGAAAUGGAGUCCUUACGCCCAAUGAGUUGCAGUUCUUUUAUGAGGAGCAGCUGCAUCGUAUGGAAUGCAUGGGCCAAGAGCCUGUUCUAUUCGAGGAUAUUUUGUGUCAAAUAGUUGACAUGAUUGCACCAGAGAGGGAAGAUUAUCUCACUCUAGCUGACUUGAAAGGUUGCAAACUUUCAGGGAAUGUCUUCAAUAUCCUUUUCAACCUUAAUAAAUUCAUAGCAUUUGAAAGUCGCGAUCCUUUUCUUAUUCGUCAGGAACGUGAGGAUCCAACUUUGACUGAGUGGGACCGCUUUGCACACAGAGAAUAUAUACGGUUGUCAAUGGAAGAAGAUGGUGAGAAUGCCUCUAAUGGAAGUGUAGAAGUUUGGGAUGAAUCACUCGAGGCUCCUUUUUAAGUUCCAGCUGCAUACGAGAUAGCUUCCGAUCCUUGGUCAAAGUCGCUCGUCCAGUGAAAAGAACCUUUUAUGUCAAGAUACUCCGUGGCACUCAUCAGUGGAUCUAGUCCUGUUCAACAUUAAAUUUCAUGCUUGGUCGUGCAACAUUCAUCAAUGGUAAAUUUCAAGCAGGAUUGGCACUCGUUUGCACUUUCAUGGAACUCAAGGAGGAUCAGUAUGGAGUACUACAAACCAAUCGUCGUCAAGGUAACAGUCGUCCAUGCUGUUCUGCAAGCAGCUCGAACCAGCCGGUUGCUUUUCUUAUGGUGUUAGUAAACUUCCAAGUGCCUUGUAACAUUUGCCCAGAUGCUCUGUUUUCGGUCCAACAUCCCCCUCACCAUUUUAUGUUCUUUGCUUUCUCUUGCUAUAUACCUUUGUCUAUAGAUUUCUUAUAUUGGAUGUUUUUAUUUUUUAAUUAAAAUAAUUGAGAAGGGAAA